GCCGGCGAGAAGUAGUUCCGGGGCUUCCGCUGCUCUAAGGCUGCCCCGCCCCGCCUCGCCGGGGGAGAAGAUGACUUCGCUGCGGGCUUUCACCUGUAACGACCUCUUCCGAUUCAACAAUAUCAACUUGGAUCCCCUCACAGAAACUUAUGGAAUUCCAUUUUACUUGCAGUACUUGGCUCACUGGCCUGAGUAUUUUAUUGUUGCAGAAGCUCCUGGUGGAGAACUGAUGGGCUACAUCAUGGGGAAAGCUGAAGGUUCAGUAGCCAGAGAAGAGUGGCAUGGCCAUGUUACUGCACUCUCCGUUGCACCUGAAUUUCGGCGGCUAGGUUUGGCUGCUAAGUUGAUGGAACUGCUUGAAGAAAUAUCAGAAAGAAAGGGCGGAUUUUUUGUGGAUCUCUUUGUAAGAGUGUCAAAUCAGGUUGCAGUGAACAUGUACAAACAACUAGGCUACAGUGUGUACCGAACAGUGCUAGAAUACUACUCCGCCAGCAACGGGGAGCCUGACGAAGAUGCUUAUGAUAUGAGGAAAGCUCUGUCCAGAGAUACAGAGAAGAAAUCAAUUAUACCAUUACCCCAUCCUGUCAGACCAGAAGACAUAGAAUAAGCUCAAGCUGUGGAUAUUUAGUCAACAUUUUGAAAAGAACAUAUUUGAAAGCAUUUUGGACCAUCUAUGGAAAAUGGUGUUUAAUUAUGAAUGUACUUCGAAACCUGAGAGCGACAAGGAAAGCGUGUGCAGACCCGAAGGAAACGCUUCAUUUUUAGGCUACUGGGCUGAGGCCCCCAAACCCAACAGACUUUUGCAGCUGCACUAUUGGUUGCUUAAGGUUUAAUGUUUUAUACAAAAAUAAUUCAUUGGCUGUGCAGAACUAUUUCUAAAAAUGUGGUCGAUUAAAAUUUUUAGGAGCCUGGAGCUUAUUGGUGUCACUCAUUCAUACUUUGAACAUUGGAACCUUAAAGUAUAAAUUGAAAAAUAAAUAAAUAAAGUCAACGGAUUUCAAAUGAA